AUGAACCCCGGAUCGCUCUCAAACUCGAGCUCGCUGUCCUGGGCCGUGUACCUGAUGAGGAAGGGCCGCAACGCCAACGGACGCUUUGACCGCUCCGUUCCAUUCAAAUCCAGGCAGAUGCAGUCGUCUCCACCCUGGUCGUACGACCAAUCGUAUCCUUACCUGGGCCAGAUGACCACGCCCACAGUCCACUCGGCCACGCCCCUCUCCCCCAGUCGCUCCUCCCUCAGCGAGCUGUCCUCGCGGCUCACCGGCCCCGACCUCGCCGCCUUCUCCGACCCCCGCCUCUCCCUCGAUCGCCCCUUCCCCUCGCUGAACGACGCCCGCUGCUUCGCCGACCCACGGCCCCCCUUGCACUACGCCCCCCCGGGCUCCGCCUCCUUUGCCUAUGGCCCCGCCCACAAUGCCGUCACCAUGGCGACGGCCAGAGCGCCCGCCGGCCGCUACCACCCCUACCUGGCCCCGCCCCCCUACCCUACUAACCACGUUCCCCACUCCCAGGGAGGCGGGGCCUUCCAGGCCACGCCCACCCCCUACCACCUGUACUACUCCGCCGCCGCUGGCUCGUACCAGUUCUCCGUCAUGGCAGGAGGUGGCGGGGCCGGAGGGGGCGGAGACUCGUCGAGGUCGCCGCCCCGUCACGCCUCGACAGGCUCCGCCCUCCUGCACCCCUCGCUGCCCAAUCAGAGCGAGGGGCUGGGCGUGGAGGCAGAAUCGUCGGGGCACAGCGGCUCGCCGGCCAGCAUGGUGGCGGCCGAGGCCGUGUGGCGGCCAUAUUGAGGAGAGCACAUCGGCCGGUGUGGCGGCCAUAUUGAGGAAGGCUUGGUUGCCGUGGGGCGGCUUUAUAGAGGAGGGCACUGUGAAGAUAUCAUAUCAAAGAGGGUAGCUGGGGCGUU